UUCCCCCCCCUUUCCCCUCCUCCCCUUCGCACGCCCGUCCCGGCACAGGUGCUCUCGAGCCGGGGCGAGGGGAUGAGGUGCCCCCCUGCCGCGUGGUGUGCCGAAGCGGCCCUUUAGAUCCUCCCCGGCCCAAGCCUCCCCUGCCAUGGAUGCCUCGGGGGCUCUUGCUUCGGCUCCCUCCUCCGCGGCUCCCUCGGGCUCCCGCAGCCCCAUGUUCCCCCCAGGAGCUGACAGAGAGGAGUGGGGACCGAGGUUCAAUUGUGCCCCUUCCACCUCUGCCGCAGCCUCGCAGGCGAUGCCAGCGUCUGGCCGGAAGAGGAAGGCCAACUUCUCCAAUGACGAGACUGAGACGUUGGUCUGGAAUGUGGUCCGGCAUUUCAGCGCCCUGUAUGGGUCCGAAGCCCUCCGGGCUCACCCCGUGCGGAGGAAGCAGCUCUGGACACAAAUCCAAAGCCGCGUCAACUUCCUGGGCUACACCGAGCGCUCCAUCGACGACCUCAAGCACAAGUGGCGCGACCUGCGCUUGGACGUCAAGAAGAAGAUCACCUCCAAGAAGCACCUGCCCAUGAACCGCGCCGGCGGGCCCCUCCACAAGCCGCGCCUCACGCCCCUGGAGAAGAUGGUGGCUUCCACCUUCCUGCAGGCCAGCCACGACUCGGAACCCGAAAUCAUCUUAGACCCAGAUCUCUUCUUCCCCGGUGCCUCCAAACAGUCCUUCAUGCACCUCCAGCCCGGCGUCAGCCACCCCAGCAUCUACAUCGACACCAACGGGCAGCCCUCCUCCCUGCCCGAGCUGGAGGGCUCGGCCGUGCCCCGCCUGGCGCUGCAGAGCCCAGACCCCUCCCUCAUCUGCGAGUACAGCCGGGGGGAAGGGCAGAGCAGCUCUGCUGAGUCAGGGCCGGAGCUGCGCACUCCGGACAUGUCAGCCAUUUCCCCGUCCCUGCGGAACGAGUCCCUCGUCUCCUACGCCUCCAUGUCAGAGGAGGAGGAACGGGAAGGCCGGGAGGUGGAGAGGGGCCACGGCGGGGCCGUGGGGGUGCAGCCGGGACCCGAGGCCCCCGUGGCCGCAGAGGAAGACACGAAACUGUCCCGCCAGGCCAUGCUGAUCCGACGCUGCAGCUCCCAGGGCUCCGUCACCUCCCUGCCCGAGGACCCUCUCAACCCCGUGGACGCUCACUCGGACUGGGGCCACGAGGGGGUGUCCGACCUGCCCCCCCUGGGCCGCGGGCUCGAUUCCUCCCACCCCGAGGAGCAAGCGGGGGGCCCGGGCCCGGAGAUGGGCGCUUUGCCCAGGGUACUGAUGGGGCCCGCCUGGGAGAAGCCGACGGCGGAGGAGGAGCCCCCCGCCCGCUCCCCCCUGCACGGCGCCCUGACCGAGGAGUCGCUGCCCUCCUCCGCCUCCCCCCCGGGGGACGCCCCCGCCUCGGGCCCCGGAGCCCCCCGCGGCCUGGGCUGCUCCCGCCUGCGGGAAGACCGCCGGGAGAGCUGGAGGACUAACAUCCAUCACCUGCUGGACCUGGAGGAGCAGUGGGACCAGCUGUACCACCAGGAGCUGGCCAUGUGGCAAGAGGAACGGGCGACCCAGCGGGAGGAGAGAGCCCGCGACCGGGAGCUCCAGUUCCGCCUGCUGGGGGUCCUGACGGACAUCCGCGACGAGCUGCGGUACCUGCGCCAGGAGCGGGCCGGGCAGAGCCAGGCGCCUCCCCCGGAGCCUCGGCGGGACCCCGGCAGCCCCCCGCUCCUCGAGCAGCCCAAAGCCGAGCCCGCCUUCCCCGAGCCGCCCGCCGGGAACGCCGCCUGGGGGGAAAGCGCCGUGCCCAGCCGCAGCCCCCUGGGCAACCGGGGCCGGGGGCGACGCCGGGGCCGGCCGCGGGGCUCUGCCUCCAGACACAGACGCCUCUUCCUCACCAACAGCUAG